AUGGCAUCUGCAGACGACUUCGACGACCAUGUCGAGGAUGCGGCCGUGCCUGGCGAGCAAUCCACAUCCCACUAUCCACCCUCCGACAAACCAAAUGCCUUCACAGAACUCAUGUCCCCGAAGAAACCGAAACAACCCAAACCCACACCUUCUCGAACCGACCAACCGACCAAGCAGACGAUAUUCGCAGGAAGAGAUGGUCUAGCUGCUUACACCACUGACCCUGCGUCCUUUCCAGCGAGUAGAGUGGUGUAUUACAAUGACAAGUUUGUGGUGAUCAAGGAUCUCUUCCCAAAGGCCACGGUACACUUGCUCUUACUGCCGCGGGACACGUCGAAGAAUGUGCAACGAGGACAAGAAGCUUUCGACGAUCUGGGGUUCUUGGAGGAGUGCCGGGAAAAAUUGGAGAAGGUCAAGGAGAUGGCUGGUUCUGAACUGAGGAGAAAGCUCGGGAAGUAUUCAGCCAAAGAGGCACCUCGCCUCGCCGCUCUACGCGAAGACGAACCUCCCGACGUACUACCUGUUGGUCGCGACUGGACUGCCGAUCUGAUCACUGGCACGCAUGCGAAUCCGUCUAUGAACCAUCUUCAUAUCCAUGUGUUGAGCAGGGAUAUGGUAAGCGAGUGCAUGAAGAAGUCAAAUCAUUACCUUUCCUUCACGACAGAUUUCUUGAUCGGUCUGGAUGAGUAUCCUUUGGCCGAGCAGGACCAUAGGCGGGCGUACAAGCACUUUCCGGGUGAUAUGCUGUGUUGGCGAUGUGGCAGGAAUUUUGGGAACAAGAUGGCUAGGCUCAGAGAGCAUCUUGAGGAGGAGCUUGUGGAGUGGAGGAAGGAGUGA